AUGGGAACACACAGUGGACAGAAUGAAGAACCUGAAGAAGGAAGGGCCUGUAUUUACAAGUCAGUGAUCAUCAAUACUUCUAAGGAGAUGAUGUGCUUCAGUGACUAUCCCAUCCCAGAUCACUAUCCAAACUUCAUGCACAACUCCCAGGUCCUGGAGUAUUUCAGGAUGUAUGCCAAUGAAUUUGACCUUCUACAGUACAUUCGAUUUAAGACCAUCAUGUGCAGUGUGAAGAAGCAGCCUGAUUUCUCCACUUCAGGCCAAUGGGAGGUCGUCAUGGUAUCUGAAGGGAAAAAGGAGGUGAAUGUCUUCGAUGGAGUUAUGAUUUGCACUGGCCAUCACACCAAUGUUCACUUACCCUUGGAAACCUUCCCUGGAAUUGAGAAGUUCAAAGGACAAUACUUUCAUAGUCGAGAUUAUAAGAAUCCAGAGAGUUUCACUGGAAAGAGAGUCAUUAUAAUUGGCCUUGGGAAUUCUGGAAGCGAUCUGGCUGUGGAAAUUAGCCACACAGCCAAGCAGGUUUUCCUCAGCACCAGAAGAGGGGCUUGGAUCUUCAAUCGUGUCGGAGAAUAUGGAUAUCCUUUUGAUGUGCUAUUGACUUCUCGAUUUCAAUAUUUUAUGAAUAUUUGUGGCCAAUCAUUAGCAAAUAUAUUUUUGGAAAAAAAGAUGAAUCAAAGGUUUGAUCAUGAAAUGUUUGGCCUGAAGCCUAAACACAGAGCUCUGAGUCAGCAACCAACCAUAAAUGAUGAUCUGCCAAACCGUAUAAUUUCUGGCUUGGUGAAGGUGGAAACAAAUGUGAAGGAAUUCACAGAGACAGCGGCCAUAUUUGAGGAUGGCUCCAGGGAGGAUGACAUUGAUGCUGUUAUCUUUGCUACAGGCUAUAGCUUUGCCUUUCCAUUUGUUUUUUUUCCUGCCUUUCCUUUUCCUGAAGAUUCUGUCAAAGUAAUCAAAAACAAGAUAUCCCUGUAUAAAAAGGUCUUCCCUCCUAAACUAGAAAAGCCAACUCUUGCAAUUGUAGGCUUGAUCCAGCCCUUGGGUGCCAUUAUGCCCGUUUCAGAGCUCCACUGACACUGGGUCACUCAAAUAUUUAAAGGGAUAAAGACAUUGCCCGCACAAAAUGAAAUGAUAAAAAAAAUAGCUAAGGUUCAAGAGGAUAUGGCCAAAAGGUAUGUGCACAGCAAACCACAUAACAUUCAGGGAGACUAA